AAAAUUAGAUUCAUAUCGGCCUUCUAUAGUGCUGGACCCGAGCAGUUAGCAGCCAUGCCUUCCCAACUAGAGACUGCCAUGGAAUCCCUCAUAAUGGUAUUCCACCGGUACGCUGGAAAAGAGGGCAGGAGCGGCACCCUGACCCGCCGUGAGCUCAGACUCCUGAUGGAGAACGAGCUCUCUGGGUUUCUCAAGUCUCAGAAGGAUCCAACCACCAUAGACCGAAUCAUGAAGGACUUGGAUGCCAAUGGGGAUGGAGAGGUGAACUUUGAGGAGUUUGUGUCUUUGGUUGUGGGUUUGUCCAUCGCCUGUGAGGCCUGCUACAGGACGCAGUUAACGAACACACAAAGCUGGAACCUAUGAGUUUGUGUUGAUGCGUGUACGGCAGUAUCCAAUGAAAAACCAUUAAAACAUUUGCUGCAAGGUUAAAGUACAGUGGGUGUGUAUGACGGGACUUAACGCUCUUUGGCCUACAAACAGUAUUCUUUGAGCUUUAAACAUGUCUGUGCUAAAAGCUAAAUGUUUUUGUUUAAAAUAAAGCUUUCUAAAGUC